AUGAACGUAAUAACCUGGCAAAUUAAUCAAUUCAAACAAAAGCAACAACAACCACAACAAUCACAAUAUCCACAACGAGUACAACAACUACAAUUUCCAGAACAAUCACAAAUUCCACAGCAAUACGUGGAAAACGUCUCGCCUGACAAUUUGUUGAGCAUGUCUAAAUAUCAACAAGAUAUUGAGACAGCUGUUGGGAUGAAACACAAAAAUUCAUUGAUAAUGCUUGCAGCUGUAGCAACAGAAGUGAGGAGUAAUAUUCAGGGUAUGGGAGUUAAAAUUAAACAAAAACAAAAUGUGGUAAAUUACUGGGUUUCAAAAUUUUUGGCUGCAUCUGCUGAGCCAAUUGUAAUAAUCCCUGAUGUAACAUCGGAAUUGGUGAGAUGGGGUAGGAAACGUAGAAUCGAAAAUUUAGAAGUAUUAUUAGCAAUUAAAAAAUUUGAAUCAUGA